AUGAAAUACAAAAAUGGAAUCAGACAAUUAACGGAGAAACAUUCAAAUAAAGAAAUCUUCCUGGCAGGUGCAACAGCUUCUCACCUGCGAGGAAAACGUGAAUGUCAUUCGCAGGUAAAGGGCUACUGCUCCACCAGAAAAUGUAAAAAGAUCUCUUUUGAUGAGCAACAAGAUGCCAGUCAUGACAAAGAGCUUGUCGGCCAUGUCUUCCACAAUUCUGUCACUUCAAACCCACAGCAGUGCUAUCUUUUGUGUAUGAACGACUGUCGAUGUUUGUCGAUAAACUACAAGGUUAAGAACGACAUCAAAUACUGCGAGUUGAACGAAGGCAGCCAUUUUACCAACAAAAACUCCCUGAAAAACAUCCAUGGCAGCGUUUACUACGUACUGCGGAAAGAAUACACUACUAAGAAGGCUCCUAACCACAUCGUUCCAUGUACUGUUGACGUCAUGUGUACCAAUGGCUGCUGCAGGAACAAUCCGUGCCUCAAUGGAGGAACUUGCACUGAGAUCUGUCAGCCCACAAGUGUUCGGUACAACUGUUCCUGUCCUGUACCGUUUGUCGGUAAACACUGCGAGAUUCAGCUGAGAAGAAGCUGUCAGGAUUAUAAAGCAGCCAGGUUCACCGCCUCUGGAUUGUAUUCCAUCAUUGAUGACAGAAACCAAACUUUCCAAGUAUUCUGUGAUUUUGAUUCAGAGCCUGGGUUCGCUUGGAACCUGAUUGAGUCAUUCAAUUUGUCCAACAACCACCUUUUUAAGCUGAUCGUAUUUUACGAUAACUACCAAGCCAUCAGCGGUGAUGCCCCAAAUUGGCAGGCAUACCUAAUGAAACGACCCUACCUCCUUUGGCUCAGAGAUCACUCGACUCACUGGAGAGCUACUUGCCGAUACGACACAGAUGGUACCGUACAUACAGAUUACUUGAGAGCCUCGCUUGAAGACUUCGACAUCAUUAGACAGGUACCCAUAGUGAUCGAUGACUGUCGACCUUACGAAUAUGUGAACAUCCGGGGAAAUGAGUGUGUGAAUUGCACAACAAGGACAUGGUAUAAAAGAGGAGCUUUUCAUUUCCAUAUCGAUAGUUCCAUACAGAAUGGCUGUGAUUCCAGUGGAAGCAUUUCAAACCAAGCCGUACACAGCGAGGACAACUUUGGUUUCUAUGGCGUGGUCAAUCCCAAAUUUCGAUGUACUUCAAGCCAAAAUGCAACGACUCAGUUCUGGAUUGGAGGCACUUUAUGA